AUGGGCGACAACAACAGAUCCACGGCUGCGGGCUUCGACCCUGCCUCCAAUGCCCCCGAUGCUGCUGCCUGGGACAAGGGCAAGGGCAAGGCGACGGAUCCUGCUCGUGAUGUUUCCAUGGAUGAUGAUGAGAGCGAGGAGAGCGAGGGCGAAGAAAUGGACGACGGUGACAACCUGGAGCCCAUCUCCGCCGAUAACAUCAUCUCUGGUGGCCGUCGUACGCGCGGAAAGACCAUCGACUACCAGGAGGCGGCCGAGAAAUUGAAGGGCGAGGAGAUGGAUGACGAGGACGACGAAGACGACGACUACGUCGGAGCGGAUGAGGAUGAUGAUGACAAGAUGCGCGACUAG